AUGUCUGCGAGCAUCUUUUCCAUUGCACAGAAUAUAGCAUUGUUGAUAUCAAAUGAAGCUAAUUUCAUCUCAGGAUUGCCCGAUCAGGUGGAAUCGCUAGGCAACGAGAUCAGUUUGAUGACUUCUGCAGUGCAAGACGCCAGUGAGAAACGCGGAACAAGAAAAGAGGUGAAAGAAUGGGUGAACCAGGUUAGAAAUGUUGUCAUGGAAGCUGAGGAUGUGAUUGACUUCUUCAUCUUUCGAGCAGAGCGACAACGGCACAGAAACUUCCUAACUAGGUACAUCUCCUACCCGAUUCAACUAUAUAAUCUGCACAAGUUAGGGAGGGAAAUAGAAAAUUCCACAAAAAAGAUAAACCAACUUUCAGUUAGGAGAUCUAUGCUGGGCCUUGCAACUUCAGAGUCAGGCCAAAGUUCAAUCGGUAUGCUAUCGAAUGAACGAGGCCUGCAUUUUCGUCGGGGAGAUCUUGUUGAAGAAUUCUGUGUCAUCGGAUUCCAAAAGGAAGAGAAUGAAAUAGUGAAGAAGUUGUUGAAACCCAUAAAGCAGCAGCUCCCACAGCCUUGUCCUGCUACUGUUGUUGUUGUUGUUGUUGUUGUUGUUGUUGUUUCAAUAGUAGUAGGAAUGGGUGGUAGUGAUAUUUUUCCAGAAGACUUUGAGAUCCCACGCUGUAGGUUGAUCCGACUAUGGGUAGCAGAAGGCUUCAUACAACCGAGAGGAUGGUUGACGAUAUUGGAAGAUGUGGCCGAGGAAUACUUGGGAGGAGCUAGCUUAUCCAAAGAAGCAUGA